AUGCUGGCAACGAGGCGGGCACAGAGCCUGGAAGCCGAACGGAACCGCAAGCUUGCGGCUGCGCGCGAACGUCUGGCAGAAGAGAAAGCAAAUUCUAGGGACGUGAAACAGAACGAUGCGUGGGGGCGAACAAUUCUGCGUAUGUACAGCACUGCGGCCGCACCUAAAAUGCUAAAAAAGCGACAAACAGGUGGCUACACAACGGGGCGAGAAGGAUAUUACGUCACAACGACUAGUCCACCGAGUAGUGCGGUGACGACGACGCGGCCGUCCUCGUCCACAUCGGCAACUUCUAAUGGAGGUGAAAGUCAACAGUUAUCCGACAGUACCCAACCGUCAGCACGGAGGAAAAGUAGAGCAGCGCCGGUCGUAAAGGCGACUUCCUGGUCGUGGGCUGGGAUGGAGACUGGGUGGCGCGCACUGACUCCACCGCGAGUACGGACACUGUCGCGAUCCAGGUCGAGAUCUAUGAGUCCGGCGGAGGAAGCCAGAAACAAAGGGAAAGGCGGAGCAGAAGGCGAGCAAAGCGAGAAAUCGCCUCCCUUAUCGACGAUUAUGAGCGCAAAUCGAUCGCCUACACUGUUGCUCUUAGACGAAGACUCUGGCAGUUCAAGUGAAGAAGACGAAGACGGUACUGUCUUUUACCCUGAGCGAACGACGACAACUUUGCGUAGCGCGUUUCCGCAGGAGAUGUUGAAAGCAUUUCUAGAGUGGCAACCAGACAAAGACCCGUUUAUCGCGGACGAGCCACCGGAAGUCGAUGAAAACGGUAACCAAAUUGUGGCAAAGAAGGACUACGAAGACGAUGCGGACAAAAGAGUAGAGGACGGAGUGCGAGAACCAGCGGCAUCUGCACCUUCAAAGGCGGCUUCAUUGUUUGGUGCAGCACGGCCUACCCCAGCUGCUAGUGGGUUCGGCGCGUUCGCGAGCGCAUUUGGCGCUGCAGUAGCCGCUCCGCCAUCUCCCGAGGAGGACGAGGAGGAGAAAAGAAGGAAGAAAUUUGCCGACGUUUCAAAAACAGCGGAUGGGGUAG